UGAUGCAACAGCCUGCGCUACAACAGCAAGUAAUGGCAACCCAAGCUGCUGCAUUGCCUCAACAGCAGGCUGCCAUUGAUCAACAGCAGCAGCUACACCUACAACAGACAAUGCACUUACAGCAACAGCAGCUGGUGCAGCAACAGCAGCAGCAACAGCAACAGCAGCAACAGCAACAGCAGCAGCAACAACAACAACAACAACAACAACAACAAAAACCACAACAGCAGAUGUUUAUGGGUUCUGUGGCUUCAAAUCCUGAUCACAGCCAAAUGCUGCCUGUGCCAAUUAGUCAACAGUUUCUUCAACAACAGGCCCAGCUAAAUGUUAGCCCGAUACCACAACAGCAGAUUCCACAACAAACACAAAUCCCUGCUGAGUUGUCACACCAGCAUAUACAGCAGCAACACACUGAGCAGCAACAAGAAGCGGUUAAAGCGACGGACACACCGCAGAAACAACAGCAGUUUUCCCUGACGAAGCAGUCCUCUUUACAGAUGUCAGAGUCAGAGGUUUCUACAGGAGAGACAAGUUUCACAGAAGACACAUGCAGCUACUUUACGAAUUUCCCCCCUUCCUCUGAAUCCUCUCUGCCGCCUCUCAAUCUGAGCUCUGAUGCACCCGUACCCACACUCUCCCUCACGAUGACACCAUCUCCCGCUCAGCCUUCCUCCGUGGCUGAGUCAGACAGUGAAGGCCCCCCCAAAAUUGAAUUUGUGGACAACCGCAUAAAGACCCUGGAUGAGAAGCUGAGGAACUUGUUGUAUCAGGAGUACAGCAGCGGGGCGGCGCCGGCCUCUGGACCUACAUCAGCUGCCUCCACGUCAGCAGCAGGAGACGAGUCAUCUGAGCCACUGUCUCGCCACUACUCUUUCCCCCAACCUGCCUCCUCCUCAAAUACUUCUCCUCACUCCUCAUCCUCUUCUACCUCCUCUACAACCUCCCGUUCCUCAUCCACCUCCCCUGACCGAGAGAGGGGUUGCAGAGGAGAAAUACCUUCCUCAGAAGCAGUUUAUUUUGCAGAGAAAGGCCCAGUGGAGCACCAGCCUGGUCCAUCUCUCCCCUCCACCUCCGCCUCCUCCACCCCGCCUGCCUCUCUCCUUCCUCCCAAUCAUGAUGAGUCUGUUGGGCGCCAGCGUCCACCCGUACCAGGAGAACCAACCAUUCUUGCUGUACGCCCACACUCUGACACCAGUACCACUGGAGACGCAUCGUGGCCCCCCAAUCAGCACCCGAUCCCCCUCCGGCAUGGACAGCAGAAGCACAAUGCAGGAGGUGGAUAUUUUGGCCUAAACCUGACAUGUCCUAGUAUCAGAAAUCCUGUUAGCAAGAAAUCCUGGACUCGCAAAUUCAAAAACUGGGCGUGCAAACUGCGCCACUCCGCCAGCUUGUUCAAGAAGCCCAGAGUCCAGCAAGAAGGACGUUCCAGCAGUCAGGCACUUAGAGAGGAGAAGGAGGCGCCACCCCUAAAUCCACCUCAUGCACGCAAAGGACGAUUUCAGGUGACACCCGUUCCCCUGUCCUCUCCCCCGAAGGCUGCGCCAUCAGCUCAUGGGAGCACGCACAGGAAAGUGGGACGCUUCUCUGUCAGCCAGGCCGAGACCAGGAAAGCGGACAGGAACACUGACAGCUCCCCGGUGUCUCCCGACCUGGAGAGGGAGAGGAGGAGAUCUCGAGCAAAGGAGGGAGAGAGAGAUGAGCAUAAGAGGACCCCAGCAAUGGCUCACCUGCCUCGAGGUCAUGGGCACAGCCACUCCCCCCUGGCCAGCAGCGAUGACGAUGAUGAUGAUAAUGAGUGUGAGAUGGUGGAUGAAGACCUGAGAAAAGAACUACACACGCUCAGAGAGAAGCACAUCAAAGAGGUGGUGUGCCUUCAGUCCCAGCAGAACAGAGAGCUGCAGGAGCUGUACCAACAGCUUCGUUCCCUCAAAGACCAAAGGCAGAGUCUGCCUGCCUCCCUGUCCCGCAUCCCUUCUCUUCCCUCGGGACCCCCUGUCCUCUCUCCUCGUAGGCCCAGGCCAGCCAAAAUCAAGCUCCGACCGCGGCCUCACUCUCACAUGGAUAACAACGGAGUCACACACUCUGGGAUUCAGCAGUCAAGUAGUUUCUCAGGUGGUGAACAGACUAGGCUGCCCCUUUACUGCAACACAGAGCACUGCACUUCAUUGCCUGCCAAACGAGAUCACAGCCCUCUUAGAAAAAGCACAUUCACAGAUGAACUGCACAAACUUGUUGAUGAUUGGACGAAGGAGACGAUGGGCCCCGCCCAGCCCAAACCUUCACUUAAUCAAAUCAAACAGAUUCAGCAGGUGCAGGAGUUGGGAGGCUGGAGCCAGCCGACAGAGGAGGCUCCCCCUGGUUGGUUUCCAGUGACACCGCUGAAUCCCCUGGCAUCCCCGACCCCUGCCGGCCUGCCCGGGGCAACCCCUCCUCACUACACCGCUGGAGGAAGCCUCUCCACCUUGCACUCUCUGGGACCAUCACCACAAUCGCACAUGGCCACAGUGCCACCGAUGCAACAAAGUUUACACCUCCAUCAGUCUCUCCCCCUACAGCAGGCGACCUAUCAGCAGUCUACACUCUGCCAGCAGCCCGGGAUGCAAACUCCCACACAGUCCCAGUCUCUACCAGAGACAAAGCCCAUCACCCAGCUGCCCCAAUCUACACCUCAAAGCCAACCGCUGCUGCCUUCCCAAAUGCCCACAUCUCCAGUGUCCACGGCUGCACCCCCACUGCCUGGCAGUGGCUCCGCUGCACCAGCAGAUAGCACUACUGCUACUGGGGGGAAGUUAUGCUCCUAUUCCUCACCCUCCUCAACCUCUUCCUCCUCUUGCUCUACUGCUGCUCUACCUUCCAGUGCCAAAAUUCACCCAACACCCCCAACCUCUACUCUUCCUCUGGGACAGAAAUGAAACCAGUGUGAGGUUAAUAUGAAGGUGCAAGAGAUGGAAACGUGACGUGGAUCAGGAUGUAAAGCAGAUCUAUUUGAAUUGUUAGUUGUGGCUGUGUAUGAGAGAAUAGUGACUGCAAUGAUUAUAUGGAUUCCAGUGUAUCUGGAUGAGAUGGGGCGUGAAUGUGAGACGUGAUAGAUUAUAACAUGUACAGACAGAGGGCAACAUGGAACACAACAGCUGUGUUUAUGAAUCAUGGUAUGUUUGGGUGUUGAGAUGUAUACAUUCUUAAAUGUAUGAGCGUGUGUGUUUUAUGAGUGUGGUUGAGUGUUUAUGGAUUAUCCAAGUACAUAUCCCUUAUGUCCUUUUACACAAAUUAACAUUCAUGUUUGUUUUAAAACCAACUCAGUUGAACUCUUCCUAAGCAGAGGUAGAACAUAUUUGACACUGUGUUUGAAUUUGUCUUUGCUUACAGUGAAAGGACUAUCAAUCUUAAAAGUGCAAUUAGUAAUGGUCAUCUAAAUUGAUCAGCAUGUAUUGUAUGAAUUUUUCUGUAAGGCAUAACAUAUUUUUGUAGUAGCACAUGAUGAAAACCGGAUGCAGAUAGGAUCUUCUCAUGAUUAUUACAUAAAACUGCAGACCUACAGCACAAGGUGAUACAAUUGAGCAACAAAAGAAAACGAAUAGCAUGUUAUACCGUAAAGCAUGGUAAAGUGAUCUGGCUACCAUCGUUACCAUAGUGCUGCCAAUAUAGUGUUGCAGUGUUGUUCAAACGUACAGCAUGUGCUUCAUUUGUAUUAUUUAAUGUUCAGCAGUUGUACCAUAGAAACACUCUAACUUACUAUGAGUGAUGUGAUGGCAAAUUGAAGUAUGCCAUGUAUGUUCAGUGGAGACCUGGGUACACUCAGCCCAAGACUGCAUGACCUUAUAACUAACAUGACUUGCCAGAAUGCAAAGUGCGUGCACUUGCUUUAUAUUCGUGAAGCUACCAUUUGCAGCUUACUGUGAUCAUACAAGCAAGUACAUUUGCUUUCCUAUUUGACAUUUUUGCUUUCGGUUAGAGCUCAUAUCAAAGUAUAUCAUGGUGUCAUGCUGAGGAGAAAGAUAAAACUGCCAAGUUAUUAUAGAUCGGGGAGUCCAUGUGUUAUUCCCAUAUUGCCUUUUAAAAUUACUGCAUUUUUUUUGUGGGUGUGUGAGUGUAUAUUAUUUCUUUGUGACAAAGCUUGGUGAAAGUCUUUUGGUAUAUAUUUCAUUAUGAAUUUCAUCCCUGUUUCUUUUCAUUGAAAGUAGCCCCUAAAAAUAUCACUGUACCCAACUAAAAAUGUUUACUAUGCCUAUGCUUUGGGCUUUUAACAAAACAAGUGAGAGGUUAGACCAAAUACUGGUCGCAAGCUUGAUGUCCAACAUCGUUGUCACAUCCUCACUUGCAUAUUUUGUAAUUUUGUUUGGCGUCGGAUAAAUCCCUUGUUUCAGUUGUAAACAAUUGAGGCUUUGACCAUAGGAUGUCAGUGUGAAUGUAUCAUUCAGAAGCUGAACUGUGGGCCAUAAUUGUGCUUUUUUACGCACACUGCAAAAUGUCCCAUUCCUCUAUUUCUGCACCCUUUAUUUGUAGAUGUAGAGAUACAGAGUAAUAUAUCAGCAGUUAAUAUAUUACUGUACAUUUUAUUGGGUUAUCAGUGCUCCAUACAAGCAUUUGACCAUGAAUGGUCUGGAAAUAAUACACGUUUGGGUAUAAUUAGUAGCCUGUAGUCAAAGCAACAUUUCUGUUUUAAUAAUUAUCGAGAUAUUGCUUGCCAAUGAAAACAGGAGAUCUUACCGGUUGUUAAAGAUUGCUGAAGUGAGUCAAAGAUAAUAAAA